CUUCCUGCUUGACUCACUGGAGGUUCCACGGUCCUUCCCAGCACCAUGUCUGCAGCUGAAUGGAGGAAGAGAUGUGAGGAUGAGUGGGGUCUUAAGGGUGCGCCGAUGCCCGACGGCCUGGACUGGAAGGCGGUGUAUGAGGCCAAACCAUUCGGGAGGAAUUUACUGAAGAAUUCAACGCCUCACGGAUUAAGUAAAGACAACCCCCCACCUGAACCAGAUCUGCCUGAAGCGCCGGACCGUGGACCUCCACAUUUCCAACCUGAGGGAGACUUCAGCGGCUGGACCACAAGCAGCGAGGUUCUUCCUUAUGACACCAGUGGUAUCCCAGAAGGAGUAGUGAUCUGUGCACUGCCUCAGUUCAGCUGGUUUUCCAUGGAGCAGGUUGUGGAUCUGAAGGCUGAAGGACUGUGGGAGCAGCUGAUGGAUGAGUUUCAGCCUGAAAUUGCCAUCGAAGACUGGUAUGAGGAAAGUCAGCUCCAUGAGUCCAUCUACCAGCUGCAUGUGAAGCUACUGGGGGCGGACAAAAAGACGGUGAUCUCCGAACACACUGUGUCCCCCACCGAGGACCUCAGCCAGUACUCCCACACCUGGAAAGGGGUGUCACAUGUGUUCUCUGGAUAUGGACCUGGGGUGAGGUACGUCCACUUUCUGCACCGACUGAAGAACCAGUUCCUGAACGGGUUUUAUGGCACCCUGUUUGCUGACAGUUCGGUGUCUGUCCGACCGACCAAAUCCCACUGAAUGCCAC